CAAGAACGAGGCUUUUUGAGAUGGAGAUGAGGCCUUUAUAGAGAGGGGGUCAGGCUGCCUUUAUCCGUGAUUUUGAGAUGGGAAUGGUGGCUUCUGUGGCUCUUGACCCGUUGUCGCCAUUGGAGAGAUGCAUCAUCUACAACAGCGUGCGCCGAAUUGAACUUCUUAAGUUGUACGCGACCAGCGAGUGUAAUUGUCGCGUUGUUUGGUUCCACAACGAGGAAGAGGACGCCGAAAAUUGACAUCUCAGGGUGGUGAUUCUGUGUAGCAGUACUCUUAUCUCAAGGAAUUCAACCUCUUCUUGAACCUUUUCGAAAGAUAGUCAUUGAGGGGCCCCAUCUCCUCCAGACUGAAUGCCCCCGUUCCCGCUGACAACUCCAGCCUCACAAUCCUCUCAUUCGCGACCCCAUCCAUCCAUCGAAAUCGUACCCGGCAGCCUUUAUCGCCUCGAACGUUCGCUUGCGAGCCGUCAUGAACUCGGUGACGGGAGUAGAGCCCCGGGGCUGAGAGUUGAGGGCCUGGACAGGCUGCCACAGGUCGUAGGAGGAUCGAGUACAAGAACCUCUGCUCCUCGUCCUCCCCUUCAUCCGCUCCCCCGAUACUCCUCCCUGCGUGGUCGGUCACCAGCGCUCUGUAAUCCUUCGCCUUGCGUUUCUCUGCCGCCACCUUGCGGAAGACGUGUUGGAUAAGAUCACGUUCGACGAGCCGGGGCUUGACCACAAGCAGAUGAUGCCUGUCCCGGAAACUCGCCCUGAGGUGAUCGUAGAUGGUGGAGAAGAGAGUGAUGAUGUCGUCUCCUCGUGCAACCAGCAACCCGGUGUUACUGGACACGAGAUCGAAGCGUGCGAUUGGGAAAGCGUGGCAAGCGUAGUGCGCGGUGUCGAAGGUGUCGAUGUAAUUGCGCGCAGGGCCGGACAGCUCAAGCCUGCCCGUACGUGUUGCAAUAUAGUUACAACAAGAGCCUCUCCUCAUCCAACAUAAACCCCCACUCCUUCGGAUCACACAGAGUAUUUGGGACGUUUUCUUUCUCGCUAAGACCAAUCUCUCUUCGUGGAGGAAUUCGCAGGAUGAUACGUGUGACGCUCGGAUUCGCUUCUUUACUUUCGAGAGGCAAGGAAGGUGACAGGUGUCGAGCGACUUCGACAUUCACAGGCGAGGCGUGGGAAGUCUCAAAUAGGCUAUCCCCCAGGCCAAGUUCCCCAAGCUCGGUAUGGUCUUGAUGCUGAAAGACCCCUGGCGUCCCAAAGUCGUACAGAGGCCCACGCUUGACGCCGACUUUCCGGUCUCGAAGUUUGUUCG